CCGCCAAGAAGAACAGCAGGCCUGAUGGCUGAUACUCUGAUACUAUAUGAACACACCAAGCCUAGCAGAUGAACAUUUCUCUCCUCCCUCUUCUCUUCCCCCACCGCUCAUCCAUUUCAACCCGAAAACAACUACUCUGCUUCAAUCUUCAUUGAUUUUUCAUCUCUGUUCGAGCAAGAAGCCCAGAAGGGCCAGAAUGGAGCCUAUACAGCAACAAGCGAGCUUGGAUGAAGACGAUGGCGGCGAAGGAGGAGCCAAAGGGUUCGCAUGGAACAGAAACGACGCCGUUGGAGGGAGUAUCAAGCGAGAAAUGAAGGCGCCGUAUAGCUGUGAAAGCGACAGUGCUUCCUGGUACGUGAACAGCCAUAAUGGAGUUCAGCUCCACCACAGCUUUCAUGGCUCAUCUUCACAGGAGAAUUGUGAUUUCUCUUCGAUUCCGACGCAUGGCUUAAUUCAGCAGCCGCCUCUGAUUCAUCCUAUGGAGUCGGGUUAUAGCGGCGGUCUUGAAACGACGGCGUUUCAUCCGAAACCGCCUUACUUAUCUUCUCUGCUCAGCGCGGUUUGCAACAACUACCCGUUUGACGAUAAUCUGGAUUUGCUCAGCGAUUCCGGGUUCUCGGAUGCCCCGGUUUGGAAUUCAAAUGAUUCCAUGGGGUUUCACGGGUCGGGUUUCCGGGUCGAUCCCGAUUUGGGGUUUGUUUCGCCGCCGGAGGCGCGUUUGCUUCCUCUCGACAAUGGCGCCGGUUUUAGCGCGCCGGGUUUGGACGGAUAUGGGGCGAUGGUUUUGAAGCCGCUUGAUUCUCCAUCCCCAGGGAUGGGGAGCUCUAAUCUGAAUCUCUUCCAGAAGAGACUGGCGAUGCGUCAGAAAUCCGGAGAAUUUCGCGGUGGUGCGGGAGAAGAGAAUUCUCAAAUUACCAUUGGAGGCGGUGGCGAUGACAUCACCGGAAUGAGUGGGUGGCACUCGGAUUCCGACGAGCCGUCGGAGAGUUAUAAGUUGUCGGAGAACUUGAAUGAUGGAUUGGAGAUUUCGAACGCCAAUAGUUCGGUGAUUGACGGGGACCCCAAAGGGAAGAAGGGGAGACUUCCGGCUAAAAAUCUUAUGGCGGAGAGAAGGAGAAGAAAGAAGCUUAACGAUAGGCUUUACAUGCUUAGGUCUGUCGUCCCUAAAAUCAGCAAGAUGGACAGGGCCUCCAUUCUUGCUGAUGCUAUUGAUUACUUGAAGGAGCUUCUACAGAGGAUCAAGGACCUAAACGAUGAACUACAGAUGUUGGCAUCUAAUGGCUCUUCUGUACCGCCUGUUGCUGGACUUCUCCCGUCCUGUUCUGCUAUGCCUACCCUGCCCUUUCCCGUGAAGGAGGAAUCUUGGAAAACCUCGUUACCAAGCCCAAAUAAUCAGCCACCUAUGGUCCAUGUUGAGCUCAGAGAAGAGAAUGCUUUCAAUAUCCACAUGUUCUGCAGCCGUAGACCUGGGCUCUUACUCUCCACAAUAAAGGCGUUGGAUAAUCUUGGAAUGGAUAUUCACCAGGCAGUCAUCAGCUGUUUCAACGGUUUUGCAUUAGAUAUUUUUAGAGCCGAGAAAUGUAACCAAGCCAUGGAUGUUCACCCCGACGAAAUCAAAGCUGCUCUGUUGGACACUGCCGCCUUCCAUGGGUUGGUAUAGGCUUGGUUGUCUCAAGGAACAGUUUAGAAUUAUGGUUUUGAGAUUUGAAUGCUAACCUCAAGGUUCUUUGUGAGUUGUAACCAUUAGCUUUCUUAGUAUCAAAAGCAAUUUGUUAAUUUGGAAGCCUAGUACUAAUAGGCAUGGAAUUGGCAGCUUCAGUAUGAGUAUUGCCAAUAGAGAAUCUAUAUGUUGCAUAAAUUUAGCAAUUGGCUUUUCUACUAUUGUUUUGUGAUAAACUUGAUGCUUUAAGUAAUGUCUAAAGUCUAAACCCUCAAUUGGGAAUGAUGUAAUCCAGCUA